AUGAAGGCCACCACUGCCUCCUGCCUGCUGGCGCUGUCUGCCGCCGUCAAUGGCCGCCCGACAGUCGACACCGAGUAUGCCUACACGGGACCAGCAGUCCCCGUCGGCGAUUGGGUGGAUCCCACGAUCAACGGCAAUGGUAAAGGAUUCCCUCGCCUGGUUGAGCCGCCCGCCGUCAAGCCCGCCUCGUCCCAUCCGACCAACAACGUCAAUGUGAUCUCGCUAUCAUAUAUCCCCGAUGGUAUUCACGUUCACUACCAGACUCCCUUUGGUCUGGGCCGCACUCCGCUGAUCCAGUGGGGGACUAACCCCCACAAGCUGAACAAGGUUGCCUCGGGCUACACCCACACCUAUGACCGCACCCCGUCUUGCUCCGAGGUCAACGCCAUUACCCAGUGCAGUCAAUUCUUCCACGAGGUCUCCCUCGACCACCUCAAGCCCGGAACGACCUACUACUACCAGAUUCCUGCGGCCAAUGGCACCACGGAGUCUGAUGUUUUGAGCUUCAAGACCGCCCAGAAGGCUGGUGACCCCAAGGAGUUCUCAGUGGCCGUACUGAACGACAUGGGCUACACCAAUGCCAAGGGCACCCAUAAGUACCUGACCCAGGCUGCCAACGAGGGCACCGCAUUCGCCUGGCACGGCGGUGACAUCAGCUAUGCUGAUGACUGGUACUCGGGUAUUCUGCCCUGUGCCGAUGACUGGCCCGUUUGCUACAACGGCACCAGCACCGCUUUGCCCGGUGGCGGUCCUCUUCCAGACGAGUAUAAGAAGCCCCUACCCAAGGGCGAGAUUGCCAACCAGGGUGGUCCCGAGGGUGGAGAUAUGAGUGUGCUCUACGAAUCCAACUGGGAUCUGUGGCAGCAGUGGCUCGGGGAUGUUACCAUGAAGAUUCCUUACAUGGUCCUACCUGGUAACCACGAGGCUGCGUGUGCCGAGUUCGAUGGCCCUGGCAAUGUCCUCACGGCUUAUCUGAAUGACGAUAAGUCAAACAGCACUGCUGCUAAGGACACGUUGACUUACUACAGCUGCCCUCCUUCCCAGAGAAACUUCACUGCCUACCAGCACCGUUUCCGCAUGCCCGGCGAGGAGACUGGCGGCGUUGGCAACUUCUGGUACUCCUUUGACUACGGCCUGGCCCACUUCGUCUCCAUCGAUGGCGAGACCGACUACGCCAACAGCCCCGAGUGGUCCUUUGCUGAGGACCUCUCCGGCGAUGAGACCCACCCCAAGGAGUCGGAGACCUACCUUACCGACAGCGGCCCCUUCGGUGCUGUCGACGGCAGCGUCAAGGACACCAAGUCGUACGCCCAGUACAAAUGGUUGCAGAAGGACCUAGCCAGCGUGGACCGCAAGAAGACUCCCUGGGUUGUUGUCAUGAGCCACCGUCCCAUGUACAGCUCCGCCUACUCAUCCUACCAGCUGCACAUGCGGCAGGCGUUCGAGGGCCUGAUGCUUGAGAACGGCGUCGACGCGUACCUCUCCGGCCACAUCCACUGGUACGAGCGCCUCUUCCCCCUCGGCACGAACGGCACCAUCGACACUGCGUCCGUGAUCAACAACAACACCUACCGCACCAACGCCGGCAAGUCCAUGACCCACAUCAUCAACGGCAUGGCUGGCAAUAUCGAGAGCCACAGCGAGUUCAGCAGCGGCCAGGGCCUGACCAACAUCACCGCUGUCCUGAAUAAGAGUGAGUACGGCUUCAGCAAGAUGACGGUGGUUAACUCGACUGCCCUGAAGUGGGAGUAUAUCCGCGGCAGCGAUGGGUCUGUUGGUGAUUCGCUGUGGCUGCUCAAACCGGCUGAUGUGAAGAGCCAUAAGCCGCAUGGUGUUUGA